AACGGAAGAAUAACUUCCUCUUCCGCCGGAUUUUCAACCGAUGAAAUAGCAGAGAAACCGCUCUUCAGUUUUCCUUACUUUUAUUUUUAAUCUAUGCACUUGGAUUCUCAUCAUCAGAUUUAAAGGACAUUAAGUAAACUAUAGUUCACAUAUCUUUUAACGUUAUAUAUCGGAUCAAGAUGCCAGUACUCGGCUGUAGAUUCUACCAGCACAGGUUUCCCGAGGUGGAGGAUGUGGUGAUGGUCAAUGUCAGGUCGAUAGCAGAGAUGGGCGCCUAUGUGAGUCUGCUGGAGUACAACAACAUCGAGGGCAUGAUCCUGCUCAGCGAGCUCUCCAGACGACGAAUCCGAUCCAUCAACAAACUCAUCCGGAUCGGCCGCAACGAGUGUGUGGUGGUCAUCCGUGUGGAUAAAGAGAAAGGCUACAUCGAUUUAUCCAAAAGAAGAGUGUCACCUGAAGAGGCCGUUAAAUGUGAAGACAAGUUCACAAAAUCUAAAACGGUUUACAGCAUUUUGAGGCAUGUGGCAGAAGUCUUAGAGUACACCAAAGAUGAGCAGCUAGAGAGUCUGUACCAGCGAACCGCCUGGGUGUUCGAUGAGAAGUACAAGCGGCCUGGAUACGGUGCUUAUGACAUCUUUAAGCAGGUUGUGUCAGACCCGUCUAUUUUAGAUGAUCUGGAUUUGACGGAGGAGGAAAGGACCGUUCUGAUCGAUAACAUCAACAGACGACUCACUCCCCAGGCUGUUAAAAUCAGAGCCGACAUUGAGGUGGCCUGCUAUGGCUAUGAGGGCAUCGAUGCAGUGAAAGAAGCUUUGAGGGCUGGACUGAAGUGUUCAACAGAGUGUAUGCCAAUCAAGAUCAACCUGAUUGCCCCUCCGCGCUAUGUUAUGACCACAACCACGCUGGAGCGCACAGAGGGGCUUUCUGUGCUCAAUCAGGCCAUGGCUGUCAUUAAAGAGAAGAUUGAAGAGAAGAGAGGCGUCUUCAACAUUCAGAUGGAGCCAAAAGUGGUAACGGACACAGAUGAGACAGAACUGGCUCGACAGUUAGAGCGGCUGGAGAGAGAGAAUGCUGAGGUGGAUGGAGACGAUGAUGCGGAGGAGAUGGAGGCCAAGACUGAUGACUAGCUUAAACACAAUAACAAGCAUUGCCAUAAUCCUUCAGGAGACUUGAGUUACAGUCAAUAGUUUAUCAUACCACACAGACUGAAAAAGCACUGCUUCAAUAAUACCAAGCAGAUUACAGGUGAAUUGUGGCAGGCAGUGAAAGUGAAACAUGUGAGUUGUGGGAGAAAUGCCUUCCAUGAACACUAGAGUUUGGCUUGGGGAUACCAUUUCAAUAGUGUGGUAAUUUAAGUGACCUUCUGUCUCCAGCCUCAUUCAAGAAAGAUACAGUUUUUAGUGAAAAUACGUUUCUUUAUCAGAAUUUACUUCUCUUUAUCAAAGUCCACUGUGGAUGCAUAACUAAUAAAAACGAGGAUUUUUUUUGCCCCAAA